AUGCUGCUUCAAAUUCAAACGAGGCAAUUCGGUGCAGCGUGUCCACGGUUGACACUUGCACCCGCAAGCGCAACCAAGAGAAGUGGCUCUGUUUGGUUGAGAAGGAGGAAUGGGGGCCCAAAUUGCUCGGUGGCAGCGUCGUCGACGGCCCAAUUGGAAGUGAAGAGUGAGAUCAAAACGAAGCCGUUUCCGGCGGAGGUAUCGAGAACCCUAAUGGAGUUGGCUAAGGUGGGGACGCUAUGUACGUUGACCGAAGAGGGUUUGCCUCUGGGUACUGGGGUUCGAUUUGCGGUUGAACCUGAACAUGGCACUCCCUUGUUCUGCUUCAAUUCCACUGACAACACUAAUAUCCCUUCUUCUCUGCAUGUUCAGUUUGAACAAAAUGGAUUGCGCACUCCUCAAUGCACUGUUCAAGGAACUCUUACCAAACCACAGAAUCCUAAGCCUUUUGUUUCUGUGUGGAGGAAGAGAUUUGGAGAAGAAGUGGAUCAAAAUUCUAUUUACAUUAUUGCUGUGGAUCGGGUACUGCAAUUGGAAGACAUUCAGGAGGAUGGUGUUUGGGUAACCUCUUCAGAUUACAGAAAUGCUCAACCAGACCCUCUUCGAGACUCUGCCUACAACUUAGUCACUGAGAUCAACACCAACAACAUGGAAGACAUUACUCGCUUCUGCAAUGUCUAUGUUGAUUUGGAUUUCCUGGUUUCGGAGGCAAAGAUGAUAUGGGUUGAUCGCUUGGGCUUUGACAUGCGGUUGUCUUCCCCUCUCAAAGGCGUGUUUGAGGUCCGCAUUCCGUUCCCUAGAGAAGUCACUGAUGAAAAAGGUGCCAAGUCCACAUUCAAUUGUAUGUCACAACUCGCUUGGGAGGUUGAAAGAAACCUCCAACAUCCACACUUUGCAAAGGUUAAAGAGUUGAAGCCAGUCAAACCUCCUUUUCUGUAA